AGAUCUACGAGCAUCUAGAUUGGUUACUGUGUAACCUGCCAAUUAUUUUAAACAUCUUAUUAACUACCAUGAUAAUCGGUUUGCACAGCAUAAAACGUUUCGUUUUUUUGCUUACAAUUCACGUCUUCGAUGGACUGCAAUGAAUGAUGGCAAUGUUUUUGUUAAAAAUAAUAAGGAAUAUCAGAACAUGACAACUGCUCAACUUAAAGAUCUCAUAAGUGAGAAUAUGUCUGUAAUGUCACAUAUUAUGUAUUAUGGAUGGAAUAUACCUGGAACCAAAGCCUUUUGGCAUAAUAAUGGAAACAAAUUACAUGAUAUGGUUGAACAGAUUGGUCUUCCAUCAAUAUUUCUUACCAUGAGUUGUGCUGAUGGUCAUUGGAAUGAUCUUUAUCGGUUGUUGAGUGAUGUAGAUCCAAAUUCGCUGACUGAACAAGAUAGGAGAAGGUUGGUGCAGGAUAAUCCUCAUAUUGUGGACUCCUUCUUUGAUUUUCGCAUCAAGACUUUCCUAAGCGAGGUCCUGCAAAAACAAUAUAAAGUUACUGAUUAUUGGUAUAGGAUCGAAUUUCAACAUCGCGCUCUUCAUACAGUAUGGUAGAAGAUUUUGAAUUAGACCUGGCUCAGCUUCUCCAUAAAGUCCAAAGGCAUACUCAAUGUCACCCUGACACAUGUUUUAAAAAGUUAAAAGAGAAUGGGCUAAGGCAGUGUCGCUCUGGC